AUUGGUUAGGUUUUUGUUUUUGUGAUUCAUAUAUGUGGAAGCUUGAAUUACCUGAAUGGGAAAUUUGGCUGUGCUUUAGUUCUCAGUUUUUGCUUUUAUCUCAUUUCCUGGUUUUCGCGGCAUUCAAGCAGACCAUUCUAUGUUUUAUUUAUUUAUUUAUUUUUUUGGGUCUGGUAAAUUUUUGCUGACUGAAGGCGUAUUUUUCAAUUUUGUGAUUAACUAUUAGGGUAUGAUUGGAUCUGAGACAUCAGAUAUGUAAAGUUAGGAACAUGUGCCUCUUAUCCUUGCUCCAUGUUCCGGCUAUUAUUUUAUUCAUCAUGCUUGCUGUCUUUGUUUGCUACUCUUCCUUCUGGACACGUGGUUGAUUUGGGCAUUUGAUUUGAAUAUCUUACUUUGAUUUUUUCUUUGGUUGUUAAAUUUAUCUCUUCCCGGAUCCCUUUGGUUUUUUGAACUGAUCUGUCGGACUCAAACUCUGGAAUUACGAGGCUGUCUGAUUUCCAGGUUUAGUUGAGAUUUGAAAAUGGCAAAAGGAAGCAGGGGACGACGCACUUCCCGUCAGUUCAGGCUUACUCCAUACCCUCUUCCUUCCUUGAAAAGAGACAUCUGUGAGAAUUUGUGCACAAAGAAAUGCUCAAAGGUUUUGGAUAAAAAAGAAUGGGAAGACGUGACAUGUUCUGUGUGCAUGGAGUACCCACACAAUGCUGUUCUUCUCCUUUGCUCUUCUCAUGACAAAGGUUGUCGUCCCUAUAUGUGCGGCACUAGCUUUCGUCAUUCCAACUGCCUUGAUCAGUACAAGAAAGCUUACACAAAAGUUGUCUCUUCUAAUAAUGGACAGGCAGUGCAAGGCUCUGUCAGUAAUCCCAGCCUAUUACCAGAUUCAAACUUGCCACAUGAGAAGGAUGAAGUCACAGUGCUGGCAUGCCCCCUAUGUAGAGGUCAGGUCAAAGGUUGGACAGUUGUCAAACCUGCAAGGGAGUAUCUAAAUGCGAAGAGGAGAGGCUGCAUGCAAGAUAGCUGCUCAUUUGUGGGGAACUACAAGGAAUUAAAGAAACAUGUGAGGGCAGAGCAUCCCUCAGGAUGUCCACGUGAUGUGGAUCCUGCUGAUGAACAGAAAUGGAGAUGGCUUGAGUGGGAGCGUGAGCGGGAAGAUGUUAUCAGCACAAUAACAUCAGCCAUGCCCGGGGCAAUGGUUUUUGGUGACUAUGUGAUUGAGGGAAAUCAUCGAGAUCUUGGCGCAGAUGAAGAGGAGGGGGCACUUGAUGCAAAUGAUGCAGAAGGCAAUGGAAGAUUUCAAAUGAACAUAGACGCUAUGAAUUUCUUUCUCCUAUUGCAUGCUGUUAGACAAGGGAAUGACCUUAACAGGCGGCUAAGGCCUGAGACGGAGCUGCCUUCCCAUCGAGUGUCAGGUCAAAAUGGUGCCCGUCAUACAAGUCCUGUUGGCAGGUUGGAUUUCUCGGAUCAUGAUGAUGAUAAUGAGAGGUACAGUGAAGGUGACGAAGAUGGUAUAUCCCUAGUUAGCCGUUUGCAUCGUCAUGAGAAUGGUGGAGUUCUGCUAAGUCGCUCAGGCAGGAGGCGUAGGCGUAGAGCACACACUGGUGGGCGGUAGUUAACAAUAUCAUGCUGGAAUCUGGAGGUGGGAGAAGCACAAGUUUGUUAGGGAUUUGUAGGUUCAAAAACUUAAGCCACAUAAACUGGGUUGACUUGACACCCAGUUGCACUGAUUUUUUCCGGGAUAUAGGAAAAUCAAAAGGUGGGCAAUUUAUUUCUCUGUUGUAAUUUCUUUCACAUGUAAAUUCAACCUUCCUCCUAUCAUUAAUUGCACAUUUCAUUGUGAAAUUUCCUUGUGUAAGUUUGAAAUUAUAAAAUUUCUAACAUCGCCUUGUAAUGGCUGGAUGCUUCUGAAAAUUCAAAUAAAAAUUUGGCGGCAUGUGUUUCUUCACGACGUUGA